GCCGUCGCCGCUGACGGUGAGGGUGAAGAGGAAGCUUCUGGAAGCGUGCAUGACGUGUCCCCUCUGCAAUAAGCUCCUCAGGGACGCCACGACUAUCUCUGAGUGCCUUCACACAUUCUGCAGGAAAUGCAUUUUUCAGAAAUUAGAUGAUGAGGAAGUGGACUGCUGCCCGAUAUGCAAAAUUGAUCUCGGCUGUGUACCAGUUGAGAAGCUUAGGACUGAUCACAAUUUACAAGACAUACGAGCAAAGAUUUUUCCUUUCAAGAGGAGAAAGGUUGAUGCUCCUGAAGUUGCUUCUUCCAUUAACUUGCCUGUUAGAAGGAAGGAGAGAUCUCUUUCAUCGUUAGUGGUGAACACUCCUCGAGUUGCAACACAACUGGGCUUAACAGGAAGAAGAACAAAAGGCACCACUAGAAGAGCUUCCACCUUACGUGGAUUAGCUCCUAUUAUUGAAGAACCGAAGAAAGAGAUCAAUAAUGCUCAAGAUGAGAUCUCUUCCGGUGUGGAUCCAUCUGAUUACGCUGCUAAUAAUGACACAGAGUACACCAAAGAAUCGUCCAAAGAUAAAUCAGAACUUUGGAAACCCUUGAAUUGUCUCGUAGAAGCUGCCAACAGGACAAAGGCAGUCAAAUCCAGUCCACAUAAUUUUGGUAUUAAGGAAGAGCUCAUUACUAAUGGCACUGAUAAUGAAGUUUAUAUAGACAAAAUAAAGGUUAGAGAAUCCCCAAAUAAAUCCAGAAUUCAAGAAGAGAAUAAUACCAAGGUUAGCGUUCGAAGACUACGCGGGCAAAAAAAGAGAGAGAACUCAGCACAAGCACUAAUUGAUGCUGCUGCUGCUACAAGGGAGAGGAGGAACAGUCCUAUUUGGCUUGCAUUGGUUCCCACAGUUGACCAGAAAGGAGAUGAAGCAAUGCCCCAGACAUCUGCUUGUUAUUUGAGAAUUAAAGAUGGCAGCUUACCCGUUUCUUUCAUCCACAAGUACCUAGCAAAGAAACAUAAUCUUGCUAGUGAAUCUGAGGUUGAGAUUACAUGUUGUGGCCAAACAGCGGGCCCCACUACACCCCUUUACAACUUACCCGACAUUUGGCUAGAGUCAAGGCCACCACAGAGAGUAAAAGCAUCUUUGGGCACCUCGGCCAAGGAUUUUGUUCUAGUUCUCAACUACAGAUGCAAUGCUCUUGUAUCAUAAAUCGCCCUCUACUUAAAUUCUUCUGCAGUCUCAUAAUAAGAAGAGUUAAUGCACGUAAACCCCUUGCAGUAUCAUUUUUUUGAACUUACUACCCCUGUAGUUUCAUUUUAGCAGGUAGAUCCCCCUGGGUAAUUUUUUCCCCCUCGGAAAAAAAAAUAAUACAGGGGAUCUGUCUGCCAAAAUGAAAUUGCAGGGUUAGUAAGUUCAGAAAGGCGACAUUACAGGAGGUCUAUGUGCAAAUUAACACCAAUAAGAGUUUGCCAUUUUUCUUGUUGUCAUAUGAUUUUUGUUUUCCCCCUUUAUGUUUUUUUCAUGACGUUGGCGCAGUUGAUGCCUAUGAUGUAAUACUGUGAUUUUCAGCUUUGAGUAUAGGUAUUGUGUCUAUAUCUUUGCUGUU